AUGCCCAUCCCCACCGAGGGUUGGGCAAGAUACUACUGCGUAGGCAAGCCACGACCCCGAAGAACAGACGGCCUGUCAUGGAUCGAUCCGGUAUACCCUGACAUCGAUCCCGUGACGCUUGACCUCGAAGACCCGUCUCUCGGCCGAGUCCCUCAACCAGCUCCACCUCAACUCGAUGAUCUCUAUAUCUCGGAGGUACAGCAGAUCAACAAGCAAUACGGCCUGCGGACUUGGGAAGCUGCGGUCCUCGCCAAGCCUGAAGUCUACACUGCCGAAGAUGAAGCGUCGCAGCUAGCCGGGAACACGAUCAAGGUAGAGGAGUGGACAUGGUUCCCGUUCUGGGCGAGAGACCGUUGGGUGAUUGAUUUCACCGUGCCCCCCAACUGGUCGAACGAAUGGACUACUGAGCACCUUUGGAGCGCCCAGGACCCAGAAGUUUGGGGGGUGCUCCGGCAAGCCAUCCAACUUGCGGAAAACAUGCUCAGAAGUUGUCUUCUAACACCCUGGUUUCAAGCGCUCGUUAACGCGAGAAACCUCACAUCCGCCUUGAAAGAAGUACCCCUCGGCUCCGGCCAGUGGGGCAAUGUCUGGCGGAUGCAAUCCCCUCCACCUUGGCUCCUCACUACAGAGGACACAAUCGAGGUGCUGUCGCGUCUUUUUGACCAAAGGCUGCAAUGGUCGUUCAACGACAAGUCCACUCAGGCGUUGUACGAACCGACCGGGACCACUCAUGGGCUGACGUUUUCCGUGAACGGAUCCCUGACCGGGCCAAUCGCCAUCUUCAUCGACAUUCUUGAAAUCAAAACGAUCAUGAGUCCGAAGACAACCGAGAACUCUAGAAAGACGGCGAUGGUCAACCUGGCUGAUACGCUUGUGCAUGAACUCAUGUUUGGUCCCUACGAACACCAGGCGGAACUCGGCCAAUCGUGGGAGAAAGCAACGUUCGGCGGCAAAAUGUCGUUAGUCACCACAGAGGAGACCGCUGAGUACUUUCAUACAACAACUGGCGCAACUCUGGUCUUGGGGUUUACGGAAUGGCCUCUUUACUGGGAAAAUUACGGAUCGACAUUCGACGAACCCAGGGACACCCUAGCGCUGCUGACGAAAUGGCCUGUACCAGCAUUGUGGCAGCAGUGUCUUUCGUCCCAAGAUUUCUGGGACCGGUUGGUGGCCAAAUUCGGGCCCGUCUGCCUCAGAAUACCCAAAAUGCUUUCAGCAACGACUGUUCUGGGCAACGAUGGAUACCCGAGGCCUUACCUCUAUCCGAGAGACACCACGGCUCGAUGGGUGUCCGACUUCGCACCCCCUCUGUUUUGCGAAAAGUCAAUCAAGUUUCUAGCCAGGAAGCUGCAUGCAAGGAGGCAGAAGUACCUCGAGAUCCGCCCGUGGUUCUCCGACACGUUCGCUAUGUGGCAGCUCACUCCAUGGAACGCGCGAAGGUACCGCGAGGAGCUCUGCUGGCUAAAGGACGUUGCGCUUAUUCGGAAGAACGAUCGACACGAAGCUGAUGCACAAGAAAUCCUCGAGCGCUGGAUAUCUCCCUUUCAAGUGGGGAUGAACCCAGAUGGAUCUCUGGGGUCAUUUGUUCCUGCCUACUAUCAAGAUAUGCCGCUCAGGGUUGGCAUCACAGUGUGGUUCUGGCAAGCGAAUCGAUGGAAGUAUCCCGAGAUCCACCUGGGAGCUAGGCAUACGCAAGAUGAAGCGCCUUCGUCAGUGCGAAGAAUCCGACUGGAAGCCGUCGGUCUGGCAAGGUCCGCGUUCGAUACCUUUGAGCUUGUCUGCAUCCGGCUCGCCGGGUUGAAGGAGGCAUUCGAAGCCGCGUGCGUCAGCAUGGAAGCCCAGAUCGAGGCCAGCCGGGAGAACGACUACAUGUCGUGGCUGGACUUCGACUUCGACAUGCCGCCCUAUCCUGGGACGACAGAAGACGGGAGCGCAUUGGGGAUCUUGGAAUUCUGGGCGGUAGGGAAGAACUGGAAACAGCCGUCAGCGAUGGAGUACGAAGAUGCUGCCGGUGAGGUGCUUCGUGGAGAAGACCCUGCCAUCUCCAUGCAGACCAACAGCCUUCCAUUCUUCGCGAUGGCAGGCCUGGCAGGCGCGCCGUUCAAGUCUGUGGAACGCCCUCGUCGACGACAUCAUGUUCCCUAUUGCACCAUUGCCGAGUUAUACGACCACUCUGAACGGCUGAAAGAGCCCCUCGUCCUCGUCGAAAACGGAUUUGAAUUGAACGUAUACAGAUGUUCCACCGUUUGUCGGUCCCUUGGAGUGACAACAAGUGGGCUGGCUGUCUUGACCAAGCGGACAUUCUAUGGGAGGCAGCUGACGCGCCACGCCACGCAAAGACUUUAUGACGCAAGCCAUCCUGCCCUGGCGAUAGCAAGAGUGGUGCGAGUCCUGCGACCCGAGGACAUUGCUUUGGGCGAUGGGAAAGAUGGAAGGCCGUUUUGGAUCAAGAUGCAGCGCAGUGUCUUUGAUGUCACCCAACCAAGACUGACAGAACUGUUGCAAAGCGCUCCCGGCGGCGAUCCAUCCCGUAAGCUCCGAGAAGAAGGGUACAACCUGUUCGAAAUCAGAAAGUCUCUUUCGAGCUGGAGGGUCGGCACUGUGGCGAACAAGCCUGCAACAAUAAGAGACCGGCAUUCUCUUCGUAAUUUCACCCCGCGAUCGCUUCGCAAACACGAAUUCAGGGAGACGGGCAUGUAUAUCUCGAUUGAAAAGAGGGUGUACGACAUCACGAACUAUGCCGAUUUGCACCCGGGAGGACUCCAGGCCUUGAUUGAGAAUGCUGGACGAGAUUGCACUGAAUUGUUCGAUCAAUACCACAGAGAGAAUCGUGAACUCAUCAUUUCGAAGUUACAAGAACUCUACAUCGGGAACCUGAUUGAGCAACGACAGGAAUAUCAAGAGGACGAGUUCGAGGGUUUAGCGAACAAAGGUCUCAUUCUCCCCCAUGAGAUCAGAUUGGACAGGAGUGUCUACUCGGUUCAAGCGCUCAAAGACUCGGAUGAGCACAGCAAGUACGUCGACCUCGUGCAUCAACUCUCUCCAUACUUGGGCACAGACGCCACACAAGAUCUGAAGCUCGAAGAGGGAGACGAAACACCACUGCUUCGGUUUGCUCGCUUGAGAGGCUACAUUGUAGCAACCAUUGAGAGAAUUGGACGAGGUUUGCCAGAAAUUGAGUUGAAGGAGCUUCGAACAUAUGACGGUCAGGUGGAUGAGAUCAAGAACUUGCAGAAUGAUUCUUUUGUUGCCGCGGACGAGAUGGUCUACGACCUAACCGGUAUGUUCUCUGCCUCAAUGCUUUGGUGUUGA